GGAAGAGACGUGGCACAUAAACAGAGAGAGGAAGCUAGCUGCAGUGAAGUUUACUGAUGACAGCUUCUGGACCUGCCUUCCACGUCAUUUCGACAAGGAAGCUUAAAUGACAGUUUACAACAUUAGCUAAAACGAACGGGGUUUCAUUGAAGUCUGUGUGACAGGUAAAAUGUCAUUUAUUCAUUGUUUGCGUUGGAACUCCCUUCACUAUAACUGCUAGCUAGCUUAAUCAGCUUGCUAACGCUACCUCCAUGUUACCUCACCUGAUAACUUAGGUAGCAGCUAACUAAUGUUAGCUCACAUCAAUGUAGGGACUGAUCUUGUGUUUUCGUUUAUAAAUACGUGUUAAUCUGUGUUGAAGAAUGAAGGGAUGCCAGAACGAUUUUACCGAAAUGUGAAGGAUAACUUAUUUGAAGUUAGCAAAAACCACACCAUUAGAUCAGUAGCCAGACAGUCAAGGAAGUACAAAUCACGCCCACGGACAGUAUGAGGAGCAGCUAUUGCGGGGUGCCAUCAAUAACUGCCUAAUAAGUCAAUAAUAGGUGACUAUGGGUCUCUGCAAGUGUCCCAAGCGAAAGGUCACCAAUUUAUUCUGCUUCGAACAUCGUGUAAAUGUGUGCGAGCAUUGCCUGGUCUCCAACCACAACAAGUGUAUCGUGCAGUCAUAUUUGCAAUGGCUUCAGGACAGCGAUUACAAUCCAAACUGUACUCUGUGUAGUACUCCACUGAAUGCUCAAGACACUGUGAGGCUGGUCUGCUAUGAUGUGUUUCACUGGUCCUGUCUCAAUAACCUGGCUUCUCGACUGCCCCUCCACACGGCUCCAGCGGGAUAUCAGUGCCCCACCUGUCAGAGUCCACUGUUUCCCCCUACCAACCUUGCCAGCCCGAUUGCUGAUGUGCUGAAAGAACAGCUGUCAUCUGUUAACUGGGCCAGAGCUGGUUUAGGGCUGCCGCUGAUUGAAGAGCCCAUUGGGGUCCUUGAGGAGACCACAGCUCAUGAUGUCACUGAUUAUACUGACUGGUCACUUGAUGCACAAGAGCAAAGUAAUAUUUACCCCAGCAACUCUUACAACCCCAGCCUCAACCCACCACCAGAGUCUGUCUCAUCUCCUGCACAGGAAGAAGUUGUAGUCCCUCGUAAAAAUGGGGAUCCAAAUAUCCAGGAGCAGUCUGUGGUCAACUUCUCUACUGCUACAACCCGUGACACAAUUACAUUACACACAGCAUCAUCACCAAGAAAGAUCUACGACACGCGGGACAUUGGUCACAGCUCCGUCACACAGAUUGAUUUUGACGAUGACAAGUACCGGCGACGACCGACUUUAAGUUGGUUUGCUCAAAUUCUCAAAAAUCGCACAGGCGGAAAGCGGACAUCUCUUUCCUGGAAACAGCGGGUGUUCAUGCUCCUUGUGGUCGGAGUUCUGGGUUUCUUUACGUUGAUCAUCAUCAUGGCUAAACUGGGACGGGCCUCCGCCGGCUCCGACCCAAACCUAGAUCCUCUUCUUAACCCCAACAUCCGUGUGGGUAAAAACUGAGAAACAAGCAUUGGUUCCUUUUUUUCCUCUGUGUAACAGAAUAUACAGUAUGACUUUGUAGAGCAAAAUGAAAUGGGACUCUCAGUGUCAUGGGCAGCCCAACAGAGGGAGCCGUUUACCCACCUUAAAUGAGAAUGAAGAAGAGAUGGUGCACCUUUUUUGAGAAUGGAGGCAAUCUCUGCCUCCAUUUACAUCAGGCUGUGGGACCCGGCGGGAAGGGCCCGUUCCAAAAAAAUCUCUGAAGGUGAUCAAGGCGCGGUGCAAAGAUGAGGGGGACCCGGUUAUUGUUGCUUUUGAAAGCUUAUGAAGAAGAAGAGGGGUAGCAUUUAUAUUUACAAUUCCAGCUAACAUAUGUCAGUGAUCUCUGUUAGUUGGUUUUUUUAAGUUCUGUAGACACUAAAUAAACACUUCUGAUGUUGAAACAACAUCUCUAGCUGGCAGAAAAGUCAUGAUGUAAAUGAUACGUUUAAUAAUGUCCCACGGUGACAAACAGAUUCCACUUGCUGAUUGGUUCUCAGUGGCUGUGUUUCUCCUUUAGAGAAGAUGUGGCCCUCACAACUGGAAUUAAAUGCUCCAAACUAUAUUAAUACAUAACUUAUUAUGGGUGUCUACAUCACUUCUGAAAUUGAGUGCAUUGUUUUUAGGUUUGCCACAAAUAUUGUAUGUACAUUUCCUGAUGUUUUUGACUGUCAAUAAAAUGGGAAAAACUGCAGAAUUUAA